UGCGGUGCCAGUGCAGCUAACCCAAGAUGGAAGGAGGGUAUCACACGCAAUCUGCGGACGAAGACGUUGAGCUCGUCCAUGAAGAGCAGCCAACGCUACCUUGUAUGCAACGUAUCUUCGUCGUUCUUCGCCCAGACUGGCAGCGCACAGCCAAGCAGUACUUGACGUUGCAAGAGUGCUCAGGGUCUCUCGGCGACCUUGGCACGUUCCUGCCCCUCGUGACGGCGCUGUCCGUGACCAAGCAGAUCGCGUUCGGGCCAACGCUGUUCUUUGCAGGUUUGUACACAAUGAUGCUGUCCACGUACUUUGACGUGCCGAUUCCAGUGCAGCCGAUGAAAACUAUCAGCGCAAUUGCCAUUACGGAAAAAUACUCCCAAGCUGAGAUCGCUGCGUCCGGACUCCUCAUCGGCGCCAUCUUGUUUGUGCUGGCCAUCACGAAUGCGAUGACGGUUGUGGCCAAGCGGGUGCCUUUCUCGUUGGUGCGAGGCGUGCAGCUCGGCGUUGGUCUGUCGCUCAUGAUGAGCGGCGUCAAGCAAGCUUACGUUCGUGUGGCGACGGUCUCUUUGAACAACAUCACGAUGGCCCUGGACGUCAAGCGCAGCGCCACAACUUUGUCGUGGUGGGGCUGGGACAGCAUUGCCGCGUCGAUUGUCAUGGUACUCUUCUGUUUGGGCUGUAUGCACAACAAAAGAGUGCCCACUGCCCUCGUCAUCUUUGUCUACGGUGUCGUCAUUGCGGCCGUGCGAUAUAACGCCGAGAAAGCACGGCUCCAGCUGCCGUCGCUGCAAUGGGGUCCCGACUUUGUCCACUUGCCGUCGUGGCCGACCGCCGCAGACUUUCAAAACGGAUUUGUGCACAUGGUGUUGCCGCAGCUCCCGUUGACACUUCUCAACAGCGUGAUCGCGCUGGAGCAACUUGCGGCCGACCUGUUUCCAACCAAGCGGUGCCCCGUGGCGUCGUCCAAGCGAAUUUGUUUCAGCGUCGGCAUCGGCGACAUGCUCUUCAGUGGGUUUGGAAUGCUGCCCAUGUGCCACGGGGCAGGGGGGCUGGCGUCGCAGUAUGCCUUUGGCGCCCGAAGCAACGUUGCCAUGAUGUUUCUCGGGCUGGUCAAGGUUGUGGUAGCUCUCGCACUCGGCACGACCCUCGUGCAGCUCCUCCAAGACGGGAUCUUCCCGAGUUGCGUCAUCGGGGUGCUUGUCAUGUUUGCUGGCGUCCAUCUCUCGGUCGUCGGCCUCGACGUGGACGCGCAAAAGAAUAAGGGCGACGCCGUCGUGCUCCUUGUGACGGCCGCCGCGUCCCUUGCGAUCGACACGGGCGUGGGGUUUUUAGUCGGGGCCGCCACGUACGCCAUGUUGCGGUACGUCGUCAACGACGCUGCGACGUACCGAAUGCACACGCACCACUGACCUCGACGACUCGCAUGACGUGGCACCGACGAUAGUCGUCGUUAACAUGGAGAAUUUACGUCUUGCCGAGUCGCCGUGCGCUCGAGUGUGUUUGCUUUGUCGUGCUAUGCACCCAUGUGAAGAGCUGCUCCUCCAGUCGACGCGGCCCCAAUCAUAAAUAUUAUUUAC